AGAUUUCAACUAUCCCUUAAAUGAGAAGAAUAGUGCAAAAGGUGCACCCUAUAAUUCAUAAUUAAACAUUAAUCAAACAAAUAUGUCAAUUUCUUUUUUUUUUUUUUUAAUUCUAUUUAGUAAGGAUAGUUAAGAUUUUUUUGGUUAUAAGCAAAGUUGUGAAGUAAGCUACCUGAAACAUCUCAGUCAAACAAAGAUCUUAACAUCCCUCUCUAACUUGUUGGUAACAGAACUGAAACAACCUUUGAAAAUCAACAAAUGUAUGUGUCUAAAAUAAUAAUUAUAUACCCUUAGAUCACAAUAAAACUUGAAGGGUAUAUUUUCUUAUCCUUCUUUUUAAUUUUUUUUUUCUUGGGUGUGUCAUUUUAUUUUGGAAAAUAUUAUAUAUAUAUAUUCUACUUGAUUAAUUAUUACUACAUCUUUUUUCUGUAUAUUGGAGGAGAUGGAGAUGGGUGUGGUGAGAUGUAUAGUAAUAAUGAUGACAACAACUAUGUUAUGGAAAGGGACAUGUGGGAUCAGAUUUGUGAUAAACAAAGAAGAAUGUGUUUCUCAUAAGGUAGAAAGUCAAGGGGACACUCUGCAUAUCUCUUUCGUAUUGAUUAAAGCCGAAUCUCCUUCCCAUGUAGCAGAUAAAGGUGUUGAUCUUCUGAUAAAGGGACCAUCUGGGGAAAAGCUUCAUGAUUUGCAUGAUAAGACGAGUGAAAAAUAUGAGUUUGUUGUGUACAAGAAAGGGCUUUACCAAUUCUGUUUCACCAACAAGUCUCCUUUUCUUAUAACCAUUGACUUUGAUGUGCAUCUUGGUCACUUCACAUACCAUGAUCAGCAUGCAAAAGAUGAACAUUUUGCCCCUUUGUUGAAGCAGAUAUCAAGGUUACAGGAAGCUCUUUACAAUAUCCAGUUCGAACAACAUUGGUUAGAGGCUGAGACUGACCGCCAGGCAAUAGUGAAUGACAACAUGAGCAGGAGAGCAUUGCACAAGGCAAUGCUUGAAUCAGCUGCCCUAGUUGGGGCCAGUGUGCUACAGAUGUACCUCAUGAGACGCUUGUUUGAUAGAAAGCUUGGCAUAUCCAGAGUCUAAGUUUUUGCAUAACUAAUAGCAUUGCCAUUUCUCUAGCAUUGUUAUUUUUUGGGUUUAUUUCAGAAUGUAUGACGUAGAAGAAGCAAAGUUUAAGAGUAAGUUCUGAAGUUUUCUGGUUGAAAUUAUUGUCCCAUCCCUUUCCCUUACGAUAUGGGAAGUAUCACUUGAAAGGAUUUCAAGAAAUGAGAAACUAUUUAGCGAGCCAGCACAUGUGGUGCUAACAUGCAAAGAAGAAAUGAAACAUUUGGCCUGGAACACCUAAUCAUUCUCUCUUGACUUGAGCAAUUAAACCAUUCAGAACGAAUAGAAUACAAAUGAGAAUACCUGUCUACAAGGUUGUACCAUAAU